UUGAUAAUGCUCACGGGGUACCCGUGCUCGGGUCUAUCCUAUCGCGCCAAACAGCUUGCUGAACUUCUCGAGUCCACGCAGAACCAGGUCUUGGGCAUGGUCGAUGAUAAUAACAAUAACGAGACUCACGAUAAUGAAAAUAAGACCACAAAUGGGAACUCAACUUCGCCGCAGAAACAGAAACGAUUCACCUUCCACAUCGUCCCCUCUCACGAUCCAUCGCACCCUCGAACAGUAUAUGAUCAUGCGCGAACAGAGAAGGAGGCACGCGCCGUCGCGUUUGCACGCGUGAAACGAGCUUUGGCUAAAGAUGCUUUUGUCAUCCUUGAUGGAAUGAAUUAUAUCAAGGGAUAUAGGUAUCAGCUGUGGUGUGAGGCAAAAGCUGUCGGCACAACGUGCUGUGUGGUCCAUGUUGGUACGCCUAUUGAUAAAUGCGUCGCGAUUAACAAUGCCCGUCUACGCCGUAGACAAGAAACCGGCCAGCUACCUAAGACCUCGGACACAACAGAUGAUCUUGCAACCCCUGACGACGAAGAGCCAUAUCCCGCCGACUUGCACAAUAAUUUAAUAUUUCGCUACGAAGAACCCAUAAUGCAUAGCCGUUGGGACAAACCGCUAUUCACGGUCCCCUGGUCUGACGCUGCUCCCCCCGUUGGAGAGAUCUGGACUGCGACUACAGGUAUCCCAGUUGAGACAGCAGGGACACCAGCACCAGAACCCAACCCACUCACCGCCAUGCUCAGUAGAGACCCCAAUUCAUCAAACACGGCUAUUCCUCCCCUUCCAUCCGACACAGCUAGCGUUGCAUUCACAACUGCAACGACAGCGGGCCGCAGCGGCCGUCUCGGCCGUCCCAAAAUCACACCACAUCUCGCCACAAUCCAGCCCGCGCAAAGCGAGCCUGGUGCACUGUACGGAUUUGAAAAGCGCAUAUCAGCCAUUGUAACUGCGAUCCGCAACUUCACUCAAGCCAACCCAUCGGCUGAAGAGGCUUUGGCGCAGCAAUUACGAAACCAGACGACGUAUUAUGCCAAUGAUAAUAAUGUUGGCAUUACGAUCCCUGUCCCUAACGCAUCAACGCCUGUCUUUGUACCCGCGCAUAUCGCACGGUCUGCGACGACGGAUGAUCUUGCUAGCGCAGGGGGCAUCCUCGCAUUGCCACGAUUGCAGCGACUGAGGAGACAGUGGAUUACUAUGAAUAGGUCUUAUAUUGGAAUGAAUCAUAACCAAGGCAAGAGUGGGUUGAGUGUUGACCAGGUCGGUGAUGCUUUUGUGCGGUUUUUGAAUAAUGAAUUGGCUGGAGACGCUACUUCAUGAUGACUGAUAUAAAUAUGAAUAACCUCAGGGGGUGAUGGUGAUUGGAAAGGAAUAUAUUAGAAGAUAGAAAUUGUAAGACUUGGCAGGAAUUUCAGGUAUGUUAGCGCUCAUACGCAGAACAAAUCUAUUUAUUAUAAAGCCC